AUGAGCCUCUACAUCAUGGACACAUUAGAAAUCAGCACCCAGUGUAGAGUACGACAGUGUUUCCAAUGUCAAGAGGACACAGAAUUCUACUGUAACACGUGUAAACAUGGACUUUGUCUACAGUGUAAAGAGAGACAUACCAUCAUUAAUCUAGAUACCAUAUACCAUGAUGUUGUGAUUUACCGUGAGAAAUAUGGCUUUAUCCCAAAACAAGAGCCCUGUGAGAGACACACCGACAUGUUUUAUAAAAAGUACUGUCAUUCCUGUAAAAUUCCUCUCUGUUUCCAAUGUCCAGAACACAGACAUCAUCAAACACUACGCAUAAGAACAGCAUACAGAAGAAACCGUAAAAAACACAGAGAAAUCAUUCACAAAAUCAGAAGUGAGACUCUCUAUAACAGCUGUUGUCUUCUGGCAGGAAUCAAAGCUGAUAUGAAAAUUUGUCACACAGAAAUAUCCAACCGUCAGUCAGAGAUGUUAUUAAAAGCCCAGAAACUAAGGAACCCCAUAAACAUUGUGAUAUUUGACCAGAUAGCAAACAGACCGAUAAAAUUUAUCAUGUUACUAAAGAGAACACGCGUACACAAGAUAAAGGACACUCCUAGUCUCACACGAUGCACCCUGAUCUGUCUGAUUGAAGAAAUCAAUAUAGAGGAAGUGACUGAUUUACUGUUUAAAAUCCAAUUAAUAGAGACAGGAAAAAGACAAGUACGAAAUGAAAGUCUGCUGAAACUGAUGUCUACCCCUGUAUUGCACAGGUGUUUCACUGUGUCAGAUGAAAUACAUCAUAUUUCCGUCGUGACAACUGACCAGGUCUUGGUCAGUGAUGGUAAAAAUCUUAUCUUGAUUAACUCAGAGGGUGACAUACUAAGUCAUCUGACAGAUGUAAUUAGCGUGUUGGGACAACACACAGUGAAUCUUACAGGAGAUGUUAUUUACAUAGACAGGGGUGGUAACAUUAUCAAACUCUCUAAAGAUUUCAGAACGAAGUCUACACUAAUAAAGAAAACGGAACAAUGGGUACCACAGUGUAUCUACUCCUCCCAACUCAAUGGUGAUUUGCUGAUCGGGAUGCAUUUCUACCAUUCAUGCUUAAUAGCACGCUAUAAUGACACAGGACAAAACAAACAGACUAUACAACAUGGAAACACAGGUCAGGAACUGUAUUCAUAUCCUAUCUGUAUCACAGAGAAUCGCAAUGGAGAUGUUGUUGUGUCUGAUAUUGAUGGUGAUCAUGGUUCUGUAGUGGUGACAGAACGUGGAGGAAGACACCGUUUCUCCUACACAGGACACCCACGAGAAUCCCGAUUUUUUCCAUUAGGAAUCUGUACUGACGCGCUGUCACACAUCCUGGUGUGUAAUUUUAUCACCAGAACAAUUCAUAUAAUUGACAGGGACGGUCACUUCCUGUCAAUGAUACUGACACGAAGACAAGGGAUGAGUGGACCAAUGUGUCUGAGUUAUGAUGACAAAACUCAUCUUCUCUGGGUUGGAUUACGCUACGGGGAAAAGAGAGUGUGUGUUUACAGAUACAUAGCUAGGCAGGACUAUCUACAAUACAUAACAAGUAAAAUAGAUACAUGA